AUGAAUUCAAAAAUUAAAGGAAUAACGGAUGAUAUAACAUCAAUUCCACCAGAAGAACAAAGAUAUUACGCAUUAAAUGCAUUUCCUAAAGUUUUGAAGAUUGGAAGAUUUAAUUUAAAUGAGGAAUUCAUAAAAGGUUUCCUAAAUGACAUAAUGAAGAAAGCAGAUAAGGAAUGUGUUGCUGCUGCGUUAGAGAAGAAAGCGGAUAAGGAAUAUGUUAACGAAAAAGAUAAUGAAAUUAAAGAAAGUGUUGAAUGGUAUCAUGAAUGGACAUCAAAGAUUUUAAAAACUAAAGCUGAUACAGGAUGGGUUUCAGGAUGUUUAGACCUUAAAGCGGAUAAAACAUAUGUGGAUGAAAAAGAUAAUGAAAUUAAAGAAAUGGUUAAAUGGUAUCAUGAAUGGACAUCAAAGAUUUUAAAAACUAAAGCUGAUACAGGAUGGGUUUCAGGAUGUUUAGACCUUAAAGCGGAUAAAACAUAUGUUAAUGAUGAGUUAGGGAAGAAAGCAGAUAAGGAAUAUGUUAACGAAAUAUACCAAAGUUUGAUAGGAACAAAAAAUAUUGAAACUAUUGUUGGCGACUUUUCUGUCAAUGAAGAAAAUAAAUAUUUUAGAUGGGAGUUUGUACACUCCUUAAGAAAUGGUAUACGGUAUAAACUCAUUCCGAAAAAUAACAAUGAAAUGUAUGUAAGUUAUAAAAAGAAUGAUGGCACACAAGUUAAAGUUCCAUUAGACAACAACUGUUACUUAAACUUAUAUGGAGACGAACAAAAGAAAUAUUUAAGAGUUUAUGAAAUGGUAGAUAUGACAUUGCCUGACCCAGCUCCAGCACCAUAUUAUUAUGA